GGUAGAGCGUCAGUCUUGUAAACUGAAGGUCCGUAGUUCGAUCCUGCGUGAGGGCAAUUUGAUUGUUAUGUUCUCCUAUUUUUGUUGCAUUCGGAGAACCACAAUUAUGUUGGUAAUUAAUCUUUACAAAAUCUUUUAGCCAUCCCAUAAUAUUCGUGAGUGGAUUUAAUUUUGACUUUUUUGAGGACCCGAUUCUCCGUCCUACGAUGCCAUACUCGCCGCAUCGUCGACCGUCCGAUGAAACCGAUUAAGAUAUUUUGCAGGGACACCGCAAACGCCAGCCCGCCACAUCCGGAUCCCGAUGUGGAUCCGAAUCCGACAGCCGAAGCGCCAGCCCGCCACAUUCGAGUCGGUUCCGUCUCCGGAUCCGAAUCUGACGACCGUCUUCGGCCGUCCGCCUUCUUUGGCGCAUUCCGCGCUCCCCCCAGCGGCUCCCUCCGAUGGUCGCCCAACACAGGACGAAGAGGAGGAGGAGGAGGAGAGACAUGACUUCCAUAAAGCGGCUCUUCGCUCACCGCCUCUAAUUCCUCGCCACCGCUCAAGUGUCAACCAUCUCUGUUCCCUAAGAAGCUCACCUCUGUUUGCUUGCCUUCAUCGACCUCCGCGUCCUCCUCCUUUGGACCUUCAUCGUUUGUCCCAGGGCGUCCGGGAUGGACCCGUCGGAGCUGAGGCGGGUCUUCCAGAUGUUCGACCGCGACGGGGACGGCCGCAUCACGAAGGCGGAGAUGAGCGGCUCGCUCCAGAACCUGGGCAUCCACGUCCCGGAGGUGGAGGUCGCGGCGAUGAUGGAGCGGAUCGACGCCAACGGGGACGGGUGCGUCGACAUGGAGGAGUUCGGGACGCUCUGCUGCAGCAUCAUGGACGAGCGGGACGAGGAGGAGGACAUGCGCGAGGCGUUCGACGUGUUCGACCGCAACGGGGACGGGUUCAUCACCGUGGAGGAGCUGCGGCUGGUGCUCGCCUCGCUCGGCCUCAAGCAAGGCAGGACCGCGGAGGACUGCAGGAAGAUGAUAAACAAGGUGGACGACGACCGGGAUGGGAUGGUGGACUUCAAGGAAUUUAAGCAGAUGAUGAAGGGGGGAGGAUUCGAAGGCUUGAGUUAGUAGCAUUGGCUGCCGUGGACAGAGAUGGAGAAGCUCUUUGUUACAUAGGGUUGUAGAUACUGAUCAGGAAAGAAUCUUCUUUAAGAAAGAAGACAACAACAAGAUCUUGAGCUUUUGGCUUCAUGUUGAUCUCUUCUUUGCUUGGAAG